UUUCUAUUUUUAAAACACGCGUCUGGUCUCCUGAAAUAGACAGUGUUAAAGAUUUAGACGUAAAUUGUGCACGGUUUCCUUUUUGUUAUAAAAUAAAUUUACUUGACGAAGACUUAUAUAGUAAAUAAAUUAAAAGUGCACGUAAUAACAUCAUAAUGGCAGAUAUUGCGAAGAAUCAAGAAACAGGAAGCGGUGAAGGCGUCGCAAAUGUCGCGGCAGAGAAUUCAACGGUGGAACCUAAGCCAGCUGCUGCUGAGAAAACAGAAAGUGUAAAAUCAGUAUUUUCUGUGCCAGCUAAUGCUCCUUUUCAAGAGGAAGCUAAAGUGACUGAUACUGCGACAUUACCGAUCGCGGUAUUGCCUGCAGCAGUUCAAGAAACAAACCCCGAACAAACUGCGACAAACCCAGAUAAUUCUCAGCCAGAACAAGUACACGUAGAAGAGAUAAAAUCAAGCGCUAAUCCUGUGAAUGUCGAAGUUGUUCCAGAACAAGUGUUAAUUCAGGAAACUCUGACAGCGACAAGUGUCGAUUCAGAUGUAACAGAGCAAAAGAAAGAAGUUACAACAGAAGCAAAACCUGAGGCAGUUGUGGUAGAGCAAAAAAAAGAAGCCGAGCUAGCACAAUCUCAACCAGAGCAAAAUGAAGAAGUCAAAACAGUACCACAACCUGAAGUGGUUGCACCAGAGCAAAGCAAAGAAGAAGUUAAAGUGGAAGCGCAAUCGGUUGCACCUGAAGCAUCAGCUGAUGCAUCUCCUUCAUCAGAGAAUGGAAAGGCAGAAGCGCCUGAAGUGAAGGAAUCGGGUGAUUGGCUGCAAAGGGAACAAGAACUACUUAAGAAGAUUGAACAGUUAGAAACAGUUAAAACUGAGAGAAGUGAAGAUGGCCUUAAAUUGGAACUAAAGAUCCGCGAAGAAGAAGUAGACCUUCUGAAGGCUAGAGUCAAGAAUCUUGAGACAGAGUUACAGGCGGCGUUAUCGAAACCUGGAGGAAAAAAUCAGGAGAUGAUCGAAAAGAUCAAACUGCAACAUGAAGAGUUGCUGAGCAAAGCCCGGGGGAUGAUAUUCGAUAAAACGAAGGUGGUGAAGAACCAGGAGCUGCAGAUAGACGCGCUCAACACUCAGAUACAGUCGCUGAAGGACAUCAACGUCAUCACCAAGGAUCUGCUGGAGAUCAGGAACUCCGAGGUUAAGGCGAUGGAGGAGCGGCUGCAAGUGAUGGAGGCGCGCUUCAAGGGCGAGAAGGAGCGCUACGACCUGGUGCUGAAGCGCGCGCAGACCAGCACCAACAUCAACGACGACCUGCGCAAGGAGUACGAGACACAGCUCUCUAUAUUCAAGGAAUUAAGGGAGAAGUAUGAGCUGCGAGUUCAAGCUCUGGUUGCUGAAAACAAUCGUUUGAAGGAGUCUCUGCAGAGAGGAGCUACGUCUUAACUACUAGAGAAUAUCUCAAGGAUGCGGAUUGCGUUACAUUAAAAUAAAGACUGGUUUUGUAAAGGAAAUUAUUAAUUAAACUAUUGUUUUUUCA